GAUGACGACGACAUGUUGCCACCUAAUGUCCGUGCUUCAGAACGAAGUACGCUGUUGUCGGUCGAGGAUCAAAUACCCCGCUACAUGACUGCUUCUCCAUUACCCUCGGCAAGGUUACUUCAUCAAGAUGCCCCCAAAGAUACCUGGAGUCUUUUCAAGCUUCGAUCAAAAUACUAUUUACCCAUCCUCCAGUGGCUUCCACAAUACGAUCGUUACAUUUUCCUGUUUGAUCUAUUUGCUGGUUUGACACUCUCCUGUCUGCUCAUUCCCCAAGGUCUGUCGUAUGCUACCGCUCUUUGUAAACUGGAAGCUAUCCAUGGUCUUUAUGCCAUCGCUUUUCCGGCCAUCACCUAUGGCGUAUUUGGCAUGUCCAGGCAAAUGUCCGUAGGACCAGAAGCAACUUUAUCCCUUUUGGUAGGGUCCUCCAUCGCACAACAAGCACACCUGCAAGCAGAAGGCGUCUCACCCAUCGAUCCUCUUGCAUGGGCAUGUCUGAUGACUCUUUUUGUGGGUAUUUUCACCUUCUUGUUGGGCAUCUUCCGUCUCGGAUUCCUGGACAGUUUGAUGAGCCGUGCCUUGCUGCGUGGUUUCAUUACCGGAUUAGCCCUGGUUGUUUUGCUUCAGCAAACCAUCAUCUUGCUCGGUCUCGGUAAAAUCAGCGAGGAAGCCGGCAUCUCGGAAGCCUCCACCACAGUGGCUCGUUUCAUUUUCCUGAUCAAAUAUUUCCCCUAUGCUCAUCGAUUGUCGGCCUAUGUAUCAGCCGUCUCGGUGGCCAUUUUAUUGGCGAUGCGCUUUGUCAAAGCCAAGUUGGCUAAAUUCCGAUGGGUGCAACUAUUUCCCGAGGUGCUAUUGGUUGUGGUCGUGUCCAUUUUGUUGACUUCCUAUUUUGGAUGGGAACACCAGGGUUUGGGCAUCUUAGGCGACAUUGAGAGUUCCGGUAUUCCGCUGCCCUCCAUCCCUGCCUUCCCGGAGAACAAACACAUGAAAGAUCUCCUCGUCACCUCCGCCAUGAUUGCCAUCAUUGGUUUUGUCGAAUCCGUCGUGAUUGCCAAAACUUAUUCCACUCGUCACAACUAUUCUGUCAGUGCCAACCGUGAACUCGUGGCUCUCGGUCUUGCCAAUAUGGCAAGUGGUUUGUUUCAGGGUAUCCCUGCCUUUGGCUCCGUGGCACGUAGCAAGAUCAACGACAGGGCAGGUGCACGAACUCAGAUGGCAUCCAUGGUAGCUGGUGUCAUUGCGUUGCUGGCCAUCCUGUUUUUACUCCCUUACUUUUAUUAUCUCCCCAAAGCUGUCUUAUCAGCCAUCAUUUUUGUUGCCGUGCUCUCGCUCUUGGCCGAAUUGCCGGAAGAUUUACACUUUAUCUUCAAAAUUGGCGCUUGGCGUGACCUCGGGUUACUCAUGGUUACUUUUUUGGCAACCAUUGUGAUUUCCUUGGAGUUUGGCACCAUGCUUGCCGUCACACUGUCACUUCUCCUGACCAUUAAGGAAACCAGCUAUCCCCGCAUCACCAUCAUGGGACGUGUGAAGGGCACUCAUAACAGAUUCCGACCGAUUCAGGAUGAUCCCAAUGAAGUGGAGCAUUUGGAAGAUGUGCUCAUUGUUCGUGUUGAAGAACCACUGUUCUUUGCCAAUACAGGCCAACUCAAGGAUCGAUUACGCCGUCUGGAACAGUUCGGUGAUAUGGCCAUUCAUCCCUCGGAAAGUCCACGUUUGGGUGAUUCACUCUAUACUAUUUUCGACGUCGAUCACAUGCCCUAUGUUGACGCGAGUGCGAUCCAAAUUUUGUGCGAGAUUGUGGAAGCAUACCAUGCACGAAAUGUGGCUGUGUAUUUCGUCCGUCUGCGCGAAAAACCUUUGGCGCUUUUCAAACGGUCCGGCUUAUUGGAUGUAGUUGGUGAAGAUCACAUCUUCCGUAAAGUAUCGGAUGCCAUUGAAGCAAUCGAGAAAGAUAUGGUCAAACGUGGCGUGUAUGAAUCAUAAGUUGAAUAAAAUUUGGAGCCCUUGUUUCUCACAAAUAAAAGAAGGUGGGACAGCGAACAAUGAUUAACCCUGAUGAUAUGAUAAGGUCAAUGAAAAGAAUAACCAUGUUUCCGAUGAUGCAAGAAGGGAACCAAGUCAGGAGUUCUUUGGUGCAUAAUAAGGAUGCCUGUAUAUAUCGUCAUCGUACGACAGAUGGCGGCGCUAUUCCUUUUUCGCUAUCCGAUGGUGAAGUGAUAUGAAC